AUGGACUUCUGUAAUAAAGUCGUUGUUAUUACCGGUGCAAGUUCGGGCAUAGGUGCAUCGACAGCAAAACAAUUUGCCAGAGAGUGGGCCAAAGUAGUCCUGGUGGGCAGAAAUGAAAGCGCACUCAAAGAAGUCGCAACAGAAUGCGAGAAUGCAAAAGGAAUAAAACCUUUGAUCGUUAAAGCUGAGCUCAGCAACGAUGACGAAGUUAAAAACAUCGUUUCGAAAACUAUCGAAGCGUUCGGUGGCAUAGACGUGCUCGUAAAUAACGCAGGGUUUGGAUGUAAAGCUAGCAUUCACGAUGGAAUUGAACCAUUCGACCGUAUCAUGGCGACGAAUAUAAGAGCUGUUUAUCUCCUCACCAGUCUGUUUACGCCCUAUCUUGUGAAAAGUAAAGGUAACAUUGUGAACGUGUCAAGCGUAGCAGCGUUCAGGCCGAUCAAAGAUGUGGAUUUUCUGCCCUACUGUAUCUCUAAAGCUGCUCUGGACCAAUUUACUAGAUGCCUCGCCGUCGAACUAAGUAAGGAUGGUGUUCGAGUGAAUUCUGUGAAUCCUGGUGCGACAAGAACGCCUUUUGUGCAAGUUGCUGGAUUUAACAAGGAACAAGCGGAGGAAUUGUACAAAAUCCGCGACAAAGUUAUGCCUCUCGGAAAAGUUGCGGAGAGUGAAGAUAUAGCUGAUAUGAUUGUUUAUCUGGCUAGCAGUCGUGCUAGGAGCAUUACUGGUGCUCUUCAUGUGAUAGAUAAUGGUGAAAUCCUAGUGUAA